AUGGACUUAUCAGAGCUGAUCGAAAAAUCCCGUUAUGACAACGUCAAGCUGUUUCGGCCUCUGCGCCUUCCGAUCGUCGGUUCCUUGGUAUUGACCAGUUUCCAUACGAUAUUUUCACAGCCCGCCGGUGCCGGCACGGACACCGAAGACAUCUGGGUGGUUUUGCACAAAAGCGUCGACUACACGUACUGCUCUCGUUCGCAGAAUGGCGGAUGCAGUGUCUGUGUCAAGUGCAAGAACUUUGCCACGAUAUUCUUGCUGUUCAACAAGUACGAAGACGGCCAAGCAUUGGCGAACGUCAUCAACCUCCUGUCCAAUAUCGACAAUUAUCAGCUACUUUACCCUUUCUUUUACCGGCCAUCUUAUAACAUCACUGAAGACGGGUGGUUGGCGUUCACGCCACAAGGCGAGUACUCAAAGCUGCGCAUUUACGCGGAUCAUUGGCGUCUGAGUUCCGUGAAUACUGAUUUUCAGGUAUGUCCCACUUAUCCGGAAUUGGUGAUUGUGCCAAAAGCCGUUGACGACGAUGUACUGAUCGCCUCAAGCCGAUUUCGAGAUGGAUGCCGCUUCCCUGUCCUGAGCUACUUUCAUCCGAUCACUAAGUCAGCACUCAUCAGAUGUAGUCAACCGCUCGUCGGUCCAAGCAACAGACGCUGCAAACAAGACGAAUUGCUGUUAAAUUCUAUGCUAGUUUCUUCCAGCCGCGGCUACAUCGUUGAUACACGUUGUCUGGCUGCCGCACAGUCAGCGAGGUCUAAAGGUGGCGGUUGUGAACAGGAAGUUUUCUAUCCGCGGUGGAAACGGAUCCAUCGUGCUGUUCCCAGGCGUCAAGCAGUGCAAGACUGUAAUAGCGCAGGAAGCAGCAACAAUGAUCGCUGGUUGAACCGACUCGGUAGCACCGGCUGGCUGCAGAACGUGAUCGAAUUGCUUGAUUGCGCUUGCAUGAUCGCCCAAUGCAUAGAUCGCGAAGGUGAGAAAUCAGAGGUUUCAGUGGUUGUUCACGGUGAUGAAGGAACAGAUACGUCUUUGCAGGUCGUGUGUCUCGUGCAGGUACUUCUGGACCCGGACUGCAGGACCAUUCGAGGGUAUGAUUAUUUAUAUUGUACGAAAUAUAGUAAAAGAUAUCAUUAUUGUUGCCUAAGUAAUGAAUUGAUCGUCAGUUCAUGGAAAGUAUCAAAUUAA